CCUACAUUCAGUUCGCUAGAUGGCGCCAGUCCGUUUUCACAGCACCUUGUGCAUUUCACCGUUGAAGUUUCGAGCAGGAAACGUUAUCUGUGUUGUGAGGCAGCUGAGGAAAGUAUGGCCCUUAAUGCAGAUGAUGAGGACUUUGAGUGGGAGCCUCCCUCCGAGGCCGAGAUGAAGGUGAUCCAGGCUCGCCGGGAGCGGCAGGACAAGAUCAGCAAGCUGAUGGGAGACUAUCUGCUGAAGGGCUACAAGAUGCUGGGGGACUGCUGUGAGCUGUGUGGGACAAUUCUGCUGCAAGAUAAACAGAAGAAAUAUUACUGUGUUGCUUGUCAAGAGCUGGACUCCGAUAUUGACAAGGACAACCCAGCUUUAAAUGCCCAGGCAGCUUUGUCACAGGUACGAGAGCGUCAGCUUGCGACUCAGCCUCUCCCUGAAUCUCACGGAGCCUCAUCCAGCGAACCCCCUCUCUCCAUCACGGGCCAGCCCCGGCCGGAGCACUGCGAGGGGGCCGCGUCUGGACUGAGAGGUCCCCCUCCAGCCAUACAGCCCACUGCUCUUUCUGUCCCCACCACCAGCUCCAACUUCCUGCCACCAGCCACCCCUGCUCCCCAGACUGCACCUCCUUUAGGGGCCGUGGGCAACACCCUCCACCACCACCCAGCCUUGUCAAGUGCAGAGGAGGCAGUGCUACAUAAACUCAGAUGGGCCACACAGGAGCUCCAGCACUCGGGGUCAGUGGAGGCCAGUAUCCAGCUCUGCAGUCUGAUCCGAGGCUGUGCUGAAUCCCUGCGCAGCUUGAAAGAACUGCAACUCUCAUAAGACUGAAGCACAGAUGGAGUUGUAACAGCACACACACACACAUAAGGAAGUACAAACAGCACUAAUACAUAUAUACAGUAAUAUACUCAACAGCGUGCUUCAGUUGUGUUUAUGUUUGUUCUAAUGCAGCGGAGUAUGUGACGGUGUCGUGUGUUGAAAUGCAUUGCUUGAGCUGCAAA